GAACCAAUAGUUUGAGCAAAAUGAUUUAACAUGCUUGGAGUUUAUAACUAUAGAAUCCAGUUAUAAACUAUUGGUUAUGUAUAUAACUAAAACUUUUAGUUAUAUACGCCAUUCUGUGGUGUAAUGUAUACUGGUGAAUUUGUUGUUUGUUAGAAAUUAAAGUAUUGAUAGAGAUAUUUGUUUGGCACGCUUGGAACUUGUUCUGGCUUGUUUGCUUGCUAUUUAUUUUGACUAGUUCCAGUUAAAUCCUUGAAACUUUUUCUUCACUCGCACAUCUGUUCUCUAUUUUCAUACAGCUAGCCUGAUCGGUGAUGUAAUGCUUCAUGACCCAUUGACGUUACCCCGUCAUACACAGAUAACUCAGCUUCGUAAAUCAUAUCUUCCACUCAUAUAAUUACACCACACUCUUAGAUUCCAUCUUCCACUCAUUUAGCGAAAACACACUCUUCAAUGUGGAUAUAUACUCCUGUUUGUCUUUCAAUAAACUAAGAAACGUCUCUGAACAGCUAUAUCUGCGUCAGUGAACGUUGCUCCUAGAUCGAUCUGUGAGGCAGAAUCUUUUGGGUGGUUGAGGUCGACAUGCCCAUGAUUGCUAGUGUCACUAUAAUUGACAGGGGAGCGCGAGUAUGCCACCCCUCCCUCCCUCCCUGUGAGCACGGCCAAUUUUUUCUCUUGGGUUCUGGACCAUGGGCAUCAUCAGGAUUCAGACUCACAAUCUCCUGAUGAUAGGGUGAAUGCUUUCCUAUUGCACCGCUCAAUGUAAUAUAUAAAAAUAAUCAUGAAUUAUUCUGUAACAGCUCAUUCACAAAGACAUAUAUGGCAGAUGCUAAAUGUAAUCUAGUAAACAGAUUAAAUCAGUGUUAUUUCAUCUCUCAUCUCAUUAUCUCUAGCCACUUUAUCCUUCUACAGGGUCGCAGGCGAGCUGGAGCCUAUCCCAGCUGACUACGGGCGAAAGGCGGGGUACACCCUGGACAAGUCGCCAGGUCAUCGCAGGGCUGACACAUAGACACAAACAACCAUUCACACUCUCAUUCACACCUACGGUCAAUUUAUGGCCCUUUUCCACUACCCUUUUUCAGCUCACUUCAGCUCGCUUCAGCUCACUUCAGCCCGACACGGCUCGCGUUUCGACUACCAAAGAACACCACGACUCGACUCGCUUCAGCCCUGCUUAGCCCCUAAAACUUGCACCGUUUUGGAGUGGGGCUGAAGCGAGCCAAAGCGAGCCGAGUGAGGCUGGGGGCAUGAGCAGACACUCCCCUGUGCACUGAUUGGUGAGGAGGAGUGUUCUCACAUGCCCACACACGCCCCGCGAGCACGCUGGGAUCUGUAAACACCGUAAACCCGGAAGAAGAAUAAUUACGAAUUAUGAGAAUUUCUGAAGCCUUAUGCGCCUCGCCUCAUCUAUACGCUCUUGCCAGUAUCUGUUGGCGUUGUCGGUGACAACAAGCCACAGCACCAAGACCAGCAACACUAACGACUCCAUGUUUAUUGUUUACUAUUCGGGUCGUGAGACUACCGCUUAAAAGCUCACUGAUGUCACUGUUUGCGCUGCUUAACGACAUCACGUGACGUCCACCCACUUUCGCUAACUCCACCCAAUGUGUCCACCCACUUCCAGCCAGCACGGUUCAGCGCGGUUGUAGUCGAAAUGCAACUCCAACAGCCCCGCUCAGCUCGACUCAGCCCAACUCAGCACGGCACGGCUCAGCCCGACUCAGCCGCAUUUGUAGCGGAAAAGCGGCAUUAGAGUCACCAGUUAACCUAACCUGCAUGUCUUUGGACUGUGGGGGAAACCGGAGCACCCGGAGGAAACCCACGCGGACACGGGGAGAACAUGCAAACUCCGCACAGAAAGGCCCUCGCCGGCCACGGGGCUCGAACCCGGACCUUCUUGCUGUGAGGCGACAGCGCUAACCACUACACCACCGUGCCGCCUCAGUGUUAUUUAACAAAGAAAAAUAUUUUAACUGGUCAUGUAAAUUAAUUUGUAAGGAGACAUUUCUUUAGCAUUUCUGGAAGGAGUCUUCAGUGUCCGCACUUUAUAACAGUCAGAGGUAAAGCUGUAACUUUUUUUUGCCAUAGGAAAGUCUAAGGAUGGAGGAUGUUGCAUUUUGCUGCAUUUUUUGUUGGGUCAGGGCCCUGCACAAGGAACAUCUCUCACUAUACAUCACCUGAACUUCCAACCAUGCUAUUGUGCUAGGAUUUCCAUGGCUGCAAGUACGUGAUCCACUCAUCUCCUGGCAGCAGAAUGAAAUAUUGAAAUGGUUCCCAUCCUGCUAUCAGAACUCCCUGCAACUGGCCCAACUUACCUUGGCUUCCACAUCCAUGGAGAUCCACUUCUCUGGGGGCAUUGAGCAGGUCCCAGCUUGCUACCAUGAACUCUGGGAAGUCUUCAGCAAAGGAAAGGCCAGUAGAUUACCCCCUCAUAGACCAUAUAAUUGCGCCAUAGACCAACUAACCCCUCUACCCCUCCAUGUAGCCGCAUUUACCCACUUUCUAGAAAAGAACAAGCAGCUAUGGAGGAGUAUGUACAGGAGGCACUCCAGCAAGGUCCAUCCACAUCCCCAGCAUCUGCAGGUUUCUUCUUUGUGGAGAAGAAAGGGGAGGCCUGCCACCCUGCACUGAUUACCGAGGCCUUAACCAGAUAACCAUCAAGUAUCUAUACCCAUUACCCCUCAUCCCAUCUGCUGUAGAACAACUGAGAUCUGCUCAUAUUUUCACCAAACUUGACCUCCGAAGUGCCUAUAACCUGGUGUGUAUACGGGAAGGGGAUGAAUGGAAUACAGCAUUUAGCACCACCUCAGGUCACUACAAAUAUCUCAUUAUGUCAUAUGGACUAUCUUGUGUUCCCAGUCUGUUCCAGUGUCUUAUCAAUGACGUGCUCCGGGACACGCUGGGAUGCUAUGUUAUCGCCUACAUUGAUGAUAUUCUGAUUUACUCCCUGGACAAAACCAGUCUUCAUGAACAUGUCAAGUCAGUUCUCAGCAAGCUUCUGGAAAAUCAGCUGUAUGUCAAGGCAGAGAAAUGCAAGUUCCACAUCGCCAAGAUCUCUUUCCUGGGUUAUGUUAUUAGUGCCAAUGGGGUCAGCAUGGACUUGAACAGGGUCUCCACCCAUGUCCGUUAAGGAGUUCUAACACUUCCUGGGGUUCAUCAAGGGAUUUUGCACCAUUGCAGCACCCCUCACAGCACUGCUCAAAAACAGCCCAAACCGUCGACCGUGGAACCAAGGAGCAGAGGAAGCCUUUGCUCAUCUCAAGCCAGCUUUCACCACUGCACCCGUAUUUAAGAACACAGACCCCUUGAAACCCUUCUCUAUUGAGGUAGACACUUCUGAGACUGGAGUUGGCAGAGUGCUGUCUCAGCACCAGGGAGACAGACCCAAGUUGCAUCUGGUAGCUUUUUUCCAAGAAAUUGACACCCACAGAACAAAACUAUGACCUCAGGAAUAGAGAAUGGCUAGCCAUCAAGUUAGCCUUGAAAGAAUGGAGACAUUAGCUGGAAGAGGCCACACAUUCAUUUGUUAUCUUCACUGACCACAAAAACCUAGAAUACCUCAAGUCCAUGAGAUGUUUGAACCCCCAACAGGCACAAUGGGCUCUGUUUUUUUACUAGAUUCAAUUUCUCCAUUGCAUACCAUCCAGGGUCCCGAAACACCAAAGCAGAUGGUCUGUCUCGAAUACAUGCGUCCACCACAACCAGCCCAGAAGCUACACCCAUUCUGCCACCCAAGUGCUUUAUGAACGCUCUCUCAUGGGACAUCAACAGGGAACUGGCCCAGAACCAACCCCAUAACCCACCUAAAGCAUGUCUGCCAGGUCUCAUGUUCAUCGUACCCCAGUACAGAGGCCACCUGAUCACCUGGGCACACUCUUCUCCAGCCACAGGACACUCGAACAGCAGACCCACCUACAAACUUAUCAGAACCAAGUAUUGGUGGGAAAACAUGAGAACCAACAUAAACCAGUUCAUAUUCUCCUGCACAGCCUGUGCUCAAGCCAAGGUACCCUGAGCUCCACCCAUUAGGAAACUCAUGCCACUACCAACACCCCAGAGACCUUGGUCACAUGUUGCUAUCGAUUUAAUCACUGAUCUACCCAAAUCUCAGGGAAACACGGUCAUCAUGGUAGUAAUUGGCAGAUUCUUGAAAGCCCUGAAUCUCAUCCCCUUGCCUGGUAUACCUACAGCCUUGGAAAUCGUGGAGCUCAUAUUUAACCAUGUCUUCAGGUAUUACAGGAUCCCCGAGGAUAUUGUGACCAGGGACCCUGAUUUUCAUCAAGGUUGUAGGCAAGCUUUAUGAACAAGCUUGGAGUAUCGGUGAGUCUGACCUAGAGACACCACCCACAGUCAAAUGGACAAGUUGAAUGUGCAAAUCAGGAGAACAGAUGCUUCUUGAGGGUGUUCUGCCUAGAAAAUACCAAGGACUGGGCCCAGUUCCUCCCAUGGGUGGAAUAUGUGCAGAACUCCCUCACACACUCAGCCAUGCAGCUCACGCUGUUCCAAUGUGUCCUAGGAUACCAUCCACCACUAUUCCUGUGGGAUGACUCACCCACUCACAUCCUGGCAGUAGAUGCUUGGUUCAAAAGGAGCAAGCAAGUUUGGGAGAGUGUUCACCAACAUCUGGAACAUGUGGCCAGCAAAUACCAACAGUAUGUUGACAAACACAGAAGUGAAAAUCUCGUAUACAUACCAGGGGACAGAGUGUGGGUAUCGACAAGGGAUUUGCAUAACCCCAACGCCUGCAGAAAACUCAGUGCCAGGUACAUCGGUCCUUUCAAAAUCCUUCACAAGGUCAACAAAAUCUCAUACAGACCAGAGCUACCCCCAUGCUGCCAUCUUUCACCUACAUUUUAUGUAUCAUGUCUCAAACCUGCCAUCCUGGGACCAUUGGUAGAAAACACACCAGCCCAGGAACACCUAGCACCAGUUGAACUGGAAGGAGGACCAGUGUACCAGGUACACAAGAUACUCAACUCUCAUCACAGACAAGGCAACCUCAAGUAUUUGGUUGAUUGGGAUGGGUAUGGUCUGGAGGAAUGCAGUUGGGUACUUGCCAAAGACAUUCUAGACCCCAUGCUCACUCAGGAAUUCUAUGCACAGCACCCUGAGAAACCUGCACCUAAAAGUGAGUACAUCCCAAGAAGAAUUGUGCUCGGCCGGGUAGAUGGGUGGGUGUAUGUCAGUGACAGCAUAAGAACUUGGCAGCCUUCAAACAUGGCUGCCAUGAGUGCACCUUUUCCAGCCAGCCUUGUCAGCAGUGACCUUCUGUGGUUUACCCUCUUUGCAUAGGGUGUCGAUGAUCAACUUCUGGACAACUGUCAAGUCAGCAGUCUUCCCCAUGAUUGUGGUUGCAUGUACUGAACUAGACCAAGAUAUACAUGGUGUCUCAGCAUGAUUGACAGACCGAGUUUUAUUCUGACACUUCUUAAACUCUGCAUCUGUUUUCUGCUGGCAGAAUCUACUACAAAAUGCUUCAUCAAAGAUUAUAAAGCCUACUGUGCCCUGAGAAACCUGUAUGAGGUGCCAGUUUUGCCUCCCUAUAUAACUUAUUUGGAUCUAACCUCAAAUAACAUCAGUGAAAUCCAUGAGAAAUCCUUCUAUGGUUUGGAAGCACUACAAGUCCUUAUGAUCCAGCAACAAGAAAAUCGACUUGUCUUGAGGAAUAAUGCCUUUAGUGGACUGUCCAAUCUGACAAAACUAGAUCUGGCAUACAACAUGAACCUACAAGUGGAUCCAGGAACAUUUAAUGGCUUAUUCAACCUUCAGAUACUCAAUCUUACAGAGUGCAAGUUAUCUGACUCUAUUCUUUCAGGAGACUAUUUGAGACCUCUGGUCUCUCUGGAGCAGCUUUUACUGCCUGGAAAUAAUAUACAUAAAAUCCGUCCCGCUUCUUUUUUUGUCAACAUGAGCAAAUUGCAUAUUGUAGACAUCUCUCAUAACUGGAUUAAGAGUUUUUGUGAAGAAGAUUUACUCCAUUUUCAAGGUAAACACUUCACUCACCUCAAACUGCGUGACAUCAAAAUGUCUGACAUGUCUCCGUAUUGGUCUGGAUGGAGUAAAUGUGGAAACCCGUUCAAGAACAUGUCUAUGACGGUGCUUGACUUGUCUCUAAAUGGCUUCAAUGUUGACAUGGCAGUGCUGUUCUUUAAAGCAAUCAGAGGAACCAAAAUUUGCAUUUUGAUCCUUAAUCAGAGUGGCAGCAUGGAAAAGGGAGUUUGGUACUCCAACCUGAAAGACCCAGACAGGAAUACAUUUAUAGACCUGUCUGAAAGUGGCAUUAAGGCUCUGGACCUGUCCAAUGCCAGCAUUUUUGUUCUUAAAAAUUCGGUAUUCUAUUAUAUGCCAGAUCUGGAGGAAAUCUCAUUAGCUUUUAAUUCAAUCAACCAAAUUGAAAGAGAUGCUUUUUACGGACUGGACAGUUUAAGAAAACUCAAUUUGUCUCAUAACCUUUUGGAUAAAAUUAAUUCUGGAACAUUUCAGAAUUUAAAAAGUCUAGAGACACUGGAUUUAUCUAAUAAUAACAUAAGGAUGCUUAUGUCUAAGUCAUUUCAAGGACUGUCCAAUCUAGCUCAGCUGUUUCUCUCUGAAAAUUCAUUACAAUCUGUCCAUACAUUCACCCGCCUUCCACAACUCAAAAAGCUCUUCUUAGACAAUAACAAAAUUACAUCGUUGUAUGGUCUUCCAAGCCAAGCAAGAAACAUCACAACUAUUGAUUUGAGAUAUAACAGGUUAAGUAAUGCUGAGAGCUUCUACAUGAUAUUAGUAGAAUUCCCCAAUAUUGAACAAAUAUACCUUGGAGGCAACAUGUUUUCAUGGUGUUUCCUUAAUGCUAAAUAUUAUGUGUCACCUUUAAACAAUGUCCAAGUUCUUGACCUCCACAUGACCGGCUUGCAAAGGUUCUGGUUAGAAGUACAGUGUCUCGACAUGUUUGACCACCUUCACCAGUUACAGGGGCUUUCUCUGCACACAAAUUACAUGCAGUCACUUCCAGAAAACAUUUUCAAGGGACUCACCUCUUUGCAUUAUUUAGAUUUGUCCAUUAACUCUCUCACCUAUAUACCAAAUGGUAUAUUUCCUAAAAGUCUGAAGAUACUCAACCUUACUUACAAUAAUCUUGGUUCUGUUGAUCCACAAGCCUUCAGCACCUUGACCCUCAUCAGCUUUCUUGGGAACCACUUUCUUUGUGAUUGCAAUCUGAGAGACUUCCAGACAUGGUUAAAUCAUACAGAUGUACAAAUGGAUUCCCCUGCUGAGGAACUGAUGUGUGAGUUUCCUGAAGCACAACGAGGGAAGCCUCUUCUGCAUGUUAAACUAUGUAAGGACGAAGAGGACGAGAAGAGCAUGAAGCAGCUGAGGCUCACACUUUUCAUCUGCUUCACCAUACUUAUUAUGCUAACCACCACAGGGGCUAUUAUUUUUGUACAGCUGCAUGGUUACUGCUUCAAGCUUUACAGAAAGGUGAUUGUUAGAUUUGUGGAGGGAGACCAAAAACUUCCUGCUAAUGAUGGGUUCAUGUAUGAUGUCUACUUAUGUUUCAGUUCUAAAGACAUCAAAUGGGUGACAGAGGCACUGUUAAAAAACCUAGACACACAGUUCUCUGAUCAAAAUGAAUUACGUUGUUGCUUUGAAGCACGAGACUUCAUACCAGGAGAAGAUCAUCUAUCUAAUGUGCAUAAUGCUAUCUGUCAAAGUAAAAAAACAUUAUGCAUCUUGUCAAGAGAGUUUCUUAAGGAUGGCUGGUGCUUGGAGGCCUUCAAUCUGGCCCAGACCAAGAUGUUGGAAGAGAUCCAAGAUGUUUUACUGGUGCUUCUUGUGGACAACAUACCACAUUACAAACUGAUGAAAUAUGAACUGCUCAGAACCUACUUCCACAGCAGGAGGUAUCUCAGGUGGCCAGAAGAUAGCCAGGACUUGGAGUGGUUUUUCAACCAUCUUAAACAAAGUAUAUUAAAAGACAACAAAGUCAAGCACAUGAAAGAUGAUGUUGAAACAAACCACAAAGCGACAAACUGUGAAGCAGUAACUGCUUUUUGAUCCAUGGAUAUAUUAUUGGAAGGAUAUGGAAAACAUGGAAGCAUACACCAAAUUGUCAAUUUAUUAGUUACCCGAUUAAUGUGCCUGCAAAACUUGUGGCUUAAUGUGUCACGCUCUGCCCUGGACAUCCGCUCCUGAGUUUGCGGAUCUUCCACUUCAGCUCCGAUCCAGAUCCGGGACGGGAAUUCUAUCCUGCCUGCUUCCCUGUUCAGAUGAAGAAGAAACCUUUAUUCGUCACAUGCACACUUCAAGCACAGUCAAAUUCAUCCUCUGCAUUUAACCCAUCUGAAGCAGUGAACACACACACACACACACCCAGAGCAGUGGGCAGCCACACCAGAGCACCCGGGGAGCAGUCAGGGAUUCGGUACCUUGCUCAAGGGCACUUCAGCCCAAGGCCGCCCCACGUCAACCUAACUGCGUGUCUUUGGAUUGUGGGGGAAACUGGAGCACCCGGAGGAAACCCACGCAGACACGGGGCGAACAUGCAAACUCCACACGUAAAGGCCCUCGCCGGCCGCUGGGUUCGAACCCGGAACCUUCUUGCUGUGAGGCGACCGUGCUAACCACUACACCACCGUGCCACCCACCUGCAUUCACUUCCUGAUUACCACCGCUGCCUUUUUAAACGCCAUUCUCAGCCACAGACAGUGCCAGAACGUCUCAUAUGUAGACUCUAGCCGUUUAUUUGCCUCGAGAGUUUGUUUUUUCCUCCAAGUGUUUUUUCAUGUCUUUGCCUGCCUCAUUUUUCCAGGUCAAGUUUUUUUUUUUUUUUUAUACCUGGACUAUUUCCGUUAUUGUUUUCUUAAUAAAAUUUGUUUACAUUUUUGCCAUGCCAUUUUCUGGAUUAAACCUACUAUGCUUCUUGGA